AUGUCGAGCGGAGAUGUCGAGGGUGGGCCGCUCUCAACUUCUGUCUAUCAAGGUGCGAUGCGGGAAGGCCUGCAGGAUCACUUGCCUCCCCCACCCGUCAUGCAGUAUGCUUUGCAGGGUGGCGGCGGGGGCGAUGAGAGGACUAUGUCCUCGCCCUUUGGAAAUGCCACGGCUGAAUUCCUCGAGGCACAGCAUUUCAACUUCUCUGCCAACUAUUUCGGAGACGCGUGGAGUAACGUGAAUCAAUUUUCGGAACUGAACGUUUCAGAUCAAGAUGUCAAUGGAUUUCAGAUAAUGGAUAUGCCCAGCUUAUUGGGGUUUCAACAGGGUGGAGGUUUGUUCAACCUCGACUAUCUACCUUGA